UAUAGUGCAAAUGGGUGCGAGCAAGAAAAAGUCUGGGGAUCCCCAGCGGAUUCAGAUCGGUGGCAUCGAGAGUCGCCAAAGGAAACCUCUUAACCGGGUGACCACCACCAAGUACAAUUGGCUAACAUUUCUGCCCCUCAAUUUCUAUGAACAAUUCAGGCGCGCUGUUUACUUUUACUUUUUGAUCAUUACAAUUAUCUCAUUCUUCGUAAAUGAAACUAUAUCGCCAUUGGUUUCCCUGCUGCCCCUGCUGUUUGUAAUGAUCAUUACGGCCCUUAAAGAGGGCUUGGAAGACUAUUCGAGAUCGAAAAGUGAUAAACUAGUCAACACAGCCAGAGUCACUGUCAUCCGGAAUGGAAAGGAAAAGAUCAUAAACUCCCAGUUCAUUGUGCCCGGCGACCUUGUGGUGGUGCGAAAGGAUGGUGAUGUGCCCUGUGAUCUCGUCCUGCUGCAAUCCUCUAGUGCGGAUCGCAAAUGCUUCGUGAACACAGCUAACCUGGAUGGGGAGACCAACCUGAAGACCAUCUCCGUGCCACCCAACUACAAACUUUCCCCCGAGGAUGGAGUUCAGGGCAAGGAUUGCAUUGUUUGCGAGGCCUCCACCUUUGAUCUCUACAGCUUCAAUGGACGUCUGGAAAUCGGAGAAGGCGGUGGUGAUGCCCUGCCUCUGACUAUUGAGAAUCUUUUGCUUCGUGGGGUUCGAGUCAAAGGCACCGAUCGGGUAGUUGGAUGUGCCAUCUACACCGGAAUGCACACCAAGUUGCAGCUGAAUAGUCGCUAUACGGGAAAUAAGUCAGCCUCCAGCGAGAAAUAUAUCAACAAGUUCAUGGUGGCCCUCAUUGUGGGCAUGAUCGUGGUGGUGGUGGUGUUGUACCUCAUUGAAAGACACAAGGAAAAGAAGAUUGUGCCAACCAUGCACUACCUGGGCCCACCUACCAACUUCAAUUCCGCGUGGCAAAUCUUCGAGGACUUUCUCUCGUUCCUGCUACUCUUCAACUACAUGGUGCCCCUCUCCGCCUACAUGAACAUCGAAUUGUAUCGCAUUUUCGGAAUGCACUUUAUGCAGAACGACCUACAUUUAUACGAUGAAGAAACAGAUCAACCUUGCCGGGUUAACGCCUCCAAUCUCAACGAGGAACUGGGUCAGGUCAACAUCUUGUUCUCCGACAAAACAGGCACACUCACCAAAAACAUCAUGAAGUUCGUGAAUUGCUAUGUAUCGGAUGUUAAUUAUCAGCUGCAAAAUACCCAUCUCCUUUGCGAAGCCACUGGUGAUCAGUUUGAACUGGAAAAGCUUGAUGGUGAAGCCAAAGUAUUUUUUGAGGCACUCACCGUAUGCCACACAGUGGAAGUACUUCAGGAAGUGGGAGAAAAGCCGCAGGAAUCUCUAGAAUCCGUGUCGGAGAGAAGUCACUUAAUGGGCAGAAAGAUUGUUGACCACUAUCAGGCGUCCAGUCCCGACGAAAAGGCAAUCCUCGAGGGCUGUGCCAGCCUGGGUUUGGUAUACGAGGGUCAGGACAAUGAUGUCCUGCGAAUCUGUCGGUAUCCCAGCACUGAGAAGCUGCAGUUCGAGCGCCUCCAUGUCCUGGAGUUCAGUUCGGAGCGACAGCGGAUGAGCGUCAUUUUGAGAGAUCAGAGCGGUACCAUCUGGCUUUACUCCAAGGGAGCGGAGAGUGCCAUCUUUCCACGCUGCAGGGCGAGUCCUCGUUUGGAGCAAACCGACGGGCAGAUAACAAAGUAUGCCCAGAAGGGUCUGCGCACCAUGGCCGUGGCCCGACGCACUCUGACCGAGGAGGAGUUGGCCAACUUCGAGGUGCUCUACCGGAAGGCAAACACCCAACUGAGCAAUCGCAUCGAGCUAAUAGCGGAAUGCUACGAAACGGUCGAGAUUGAGCUUGACCUGCUGGGCGCCACUGCCUUGGAGGACGCACUGCAGGAGAACGUGGGCGAGACCCUGGAGGCUCUGCAAACAGCUGGUCUAAGGAUCUGGGUGCUCACCGGCGAUAAAGUGGAAACUGCCUACAAUAUCGGUCUAGCUUGCCGGCAUAUUCCGCCUGGAUCGAAACAGCAUUUUAUCGUUAACCUCACUGAGCCGGCGGAGCUGCUCGAACGACUGCAGGAGAUCGGUUCCGACAAUCCGGAGGUCCUGGUGGUCGACGGAAUCACCAUCACAGCACUACUAAAGCACACACCUCGCCAGUUUGCCGAUCUCGCCCUGCGCUGCCGAGCGGUACUCUGCUGUCGAUUGAGUCCGCUGCAAAAGUCCGAGAUCGUCACGCUGAUCAAGCGGCGCAAGAAACAUAUUACGGCUGCCAUUGGUGAUGGGGCCAACGAUGUGUCCAUGAUCCAGGAGGCGCACAUCGGCAUCGGGAUCACGGGUCGUGAGGGAAAACAGGCUGCCCGGUGUGCCGACUUCGCCAUUGCCCGCUUCGAGAUGCUGCGCCGCCUGUUCCUCGUCCAUGGGCACUACAACUCACAGCGCCUGGCCUUCCUGGUGCUCUUCUACUGCUACAAGAACAUCAUCAUCACCGGGUGUAUGGCCCUCUUCCAGGUCUACGACCUGUUCUCCGCCACCAACGUCUACAACUCUCUGUAUCUCUGGCUUUUUGAUAUUGUAUAUAUCUCGUUUAGCUUUACGUAUUUGGCCAUUUCCGAUAAGGACUACAGCGAGGAGACGCUGCUCAGCCAUCCAGAGCUGUACAAGCCCCUCGCCCACAAUCGCCAGGCUUCUAUGGGCGUGUUUAGCUUGUGGAUCUUCAAUGGUUUCGUCCAUACCUUCAUAAUCUUCUAUUUCACCUAUGCCGUGCUCAACGAACAGAAUGUCCUCUUUAAUGGCGGACAAACGGCCAGUUUCCAGACCUUUGGAACCAUGCUGAUCACUGUUAUUGUUAUAGUGGGCAAUUUGAAGCUGCUUCUAGUGGGUCGGUAUAUGACCUAUCUGAACAUUUUCAUGAUCUUCGCCUCCAUUGCUGCCUUUAUGCUGACCACAUACCUUUACAAUCUGGACACAACUGGGGAGCUCUACGAUGUCUACAACCAGUUCAUAACCUCACUUCCGCUAUGGCUCUUCACGAUAGUCUGCUCGGCAGCCUGCCUGCUGCCCGAUUUUAUCUUUAAGGUUGUGAAUGAUAUGUUCAGAAAAGUACCACCGCCCAGCAAGGCAGUGGUAUAA